AUGAAGUAUACUGGGCAAGGAAGUGGACCAGACGGCAUCGCAUAUCCUGGUUCAAGUGGCAUCAACGUUAUUAUCAUCGGUCUAGGUUAUGCCGGGGCCACUGCAGCGAUUGAAUGUGCUCGAAAAGGCCACAAAGUUGCGAUAUAUGAGCAAACUCCAGGCGUCUCAACGCUAGGUGAUGUGAUCGGGCUGUCUCCGAACUCUGCAAAAAUCAUUGCGAAAUGGGACGAUGGCAAGAUCCACGAAAAGAUAAUACCCCAUGCCGGUCAAUAUGUCGAGAACAACGUUCACAAGCACGACACCGGCGAGAUUCUCUUCAGUCAACCUAUGUCAGGCUAUUCGAAUUUCGAAGGUUAUCUCGCGCCCCGGCCGUUGCUUCUGAAGCUGUUCGCCGAAUAUUGUCGCAAGCUGGGCAUUCCAAUCUUCUUCGGCAAACGGGUGGUAGAAGUCUUCGAGACCGAGGACGAAGCAGGGAUAAAGCUUCAAGACAAUACCAAAGUGUCCGCAGACUGUGUCCUUGCGUGCGAUGGAGUGCAUUCCAAGGCUCGUGGCCUCAUCACUGGCUGGCAGGACCGCCCGUACCCGACGGGAUAUGCUGCCUAUCGGGCUUGGUAUGACUCCAGCCUGAUUCGCGACAACCCAAAACUCCAGUUUCUGUUUGAGGGAGACUACGAUAAGAUGGAAGUCUACAUCGGGCCCAACAUGCACGCCAUAUACGGAACAUGCUCACAGCAGAAGCUCGUGACCUGGACAAUUACACACAAGGACACCUUCGACGUCAAGGAAUCGUGGACUCAGCCUGGAAAGAUAGAAGACGCCCUCAACUACAUCAAAGGCUGGGACUCCCGGCUUCAUGAAGUCAUCAAACAUACGCCUCCCAACCAGGUUUUCGAUCACAAACUAGCCUGGCGAGAUCCUCUACCACGAUGGACAUCGAAGCACAAUCGAAUGAUAGUACUCGGAGACGCCGCACACCCUUUUCUACCAACUUCAGGUCAAGGAGCCGGCCAAGCGAUCGAAGACUGCGCGACGGUUGCCAUUUGCCUAGAAUUGGCAGGCAAAAAGCGAGUCCCGCUCGGAUUGCAAGUUUGCGAGAGGUUGAGACAUGCCAGGUCGUCUUUGGCUCAGAAGAUGGGCAUCGAAACACGCGAGAUGUGGCACAAGACCAACUGGGAACUUGUCAAGAGCCAGCCCGAGACUGUAUCAAUGCCAAACCCAGCUUGGCUCUUCGCCCACAGCCCGCAACAAUACGCCUACGAUGAGUUCGAUUUCGCUGCGCACGCGGUAGAGACUGGUAUGAACUAUGUACCGACCAAUGUCCCGCCUCCGGAGAUCAAUCACAGGAUCAGCGACUACAAGGAGGACGAAGCAAAGAAGCUGUACAAUGGCAGUGCUGCUUUGCAACCCAAGCUAUAG